AACCUCGUUAUCAUGUCUAUCGCUCAUCGCUGAAACGCACCGAGUCAUUCGGAAUUUGUAGACUGCCUACUGCAUAGUGCCUAUUGCUUAGCUAUUUUUAUUUUUGACAAAAUGUUACACGCUAAUAAACUGUUAUAAUAACGAUACAAUUCUCAUAUAAUUGUGCAACAACGUACGAAAUUCGAACGAUAUCCAGGCAUUAUAUUGUUGUAAUAAAUUGUUCUAGUUUCAGUGAGAAAGAUUGCAAGUAACCCAUCGUGUAAGAUGGAAGACAAAAAAAAGUUGGCUCUGCUUAUUGUAAAUCAUUUAAAAAGCCAACUAAGUAAUGGUAGCUUCAAUGAUGAAUCAUUGGAAAGUAUGGAAGUAGCAGUUCAGUGCAUUGAGUCAGCGUAUAAUUUAAAUCCUACUGAAUCAAAUGAUGUUGACGCUAAGUUGGAAAACAUUGUGAAUGAAUAUUAUAAAGUUAAAGAUCAAAAAACAAACCUUAAGCGUGAAAUAAGUCAAGCUCAUAAAGAUGAAGCUGAAAAUUAUAAGAAAUAUGGAAAUGAUUACAUGAAAAUUCAAGAUAAUGACAAGGCUAUAGAUGCUUACACUAUAUCGAUCAAAUUAAAUCCAUUCAAUCCAAUUUAUUAUUGCAAUAGAGCUGCUGCCUUUAAUGCUAUCGGCAAGUACACGAAUGCUAUUGAGGAUUGCCAAAAAGCAAUUGAACUUGAUCCAACAUAUUGCAAAGCAUAUUGCCGUUUGGGAUUAGCUUUUUCUUACAUGAAAGAUUAUCACAAAGCAGUUUCAUGUUACAAAAAAGCAUGUGAAUUAGAUCCUGAAAAUCAGGGUUAUCAACGGAACUAUCAACUUACCUUGAAUAACUUGCAGCAAACAAAUUCUGGAACACAAUCACAAAUGCCAAAUGACCCUCCUACUAUGGCAACUCCAAAUUUAAUGGAAACUGCUGCACGUAUUAUGUCUGAUAAUCCAGAAGUUUCUUCAGUAAUAAACAACAUUUUGGGAGAUGUAACUAAUUCUGGCAGUGAAGGACUAGAUAGACUGAUGCAAGUUGGACAAAGUAUAGUUACUCGUUUACAAUCAGCCAAUCCUAACCUGUUAGAUGGAUUACGAAUGCAAUUUCAGAAUGCUCAAAAUGAAGGACAACCACCACCACACAAUGGAUACCAUGAUGAUGAAACUCAACCUUAAACUAACAAAAUAUAAGUUUUUAUAACUUAAAAUAUUUUCUUUAUUCAUAAAUAUUGAUAUAUAAUUAUUAAUGAUUACUUUUUUUAUAAAUUAAAUUAAUUUAAUCGGUGUUAUUUAAUAAUUGUUAGUCGGUUAGAAGUUGUCAAACAUAAAAACAGUAGUUGAUCUCACUCACCAUUAGGCAAUACUGUACAAAAUAACCAUAUCUACUGUCAAAAUAUUCAAAAAUUAUUUGCUAUUUUUUUAUUUUAUCAUAAAUCAUAUUUAUUCAUUUGAUUUUUACCAGUCAUUUUUAAUUUACUAUAAAGUAAUGUUACAUUUAAACACGUGCACUUUUGAUGCUUAAAUGGUGAUGAAUUUUGACGACUACACAUAUGUUUGACAACAACUAUAGUUGUUUGAAGUACAGUAUCAACUAUCAAUUUAAUAAUAUUAGACAUGGUUUUUAUAGUAAAUUAAAUUUAAGUAAAAC